UUGUAGCGUCUAUUGGAAGAAGAAGAAGAAGAGGAGGAAGUAUUUACAAACACGGGAUGCUGCUGGGGCCCCGGAAACUGCUUAUUUGUGCUAGAUAAUGACCUGGACGCCGCCAUGACCUGGAAACCGGCGAGGGACAAGGAGAAAUAUGGCGUCGCCAUCAGCAACUACUCCGGCGAGGGGGAGCUGUGCAUCAAGCUCUACGUUGGGGACACGGUGCACAUCCAGGAGGAGACAGAGGGAUGGUUCUUCGGCUACAGCUUCCAGAACAGGGCCCUGCGAGGCAUCUUCCCCAAAUCCUUCAUACAUAUCCGAGACUGUGUGGUGGAGAAGAACGGCCUGUCGGAGGAGGUGACCCCAAGGCAGCCGUUCAUCGUGCAAGAGGUCACAUCGGUCCUGAGAGAAUGGGGGAUCCUCCUACGCAAGCUGUACUUGGAAAAGUGCAAGGACUUCACCCUGCUCAAGGACACCAUGUCGGAGCUCAUCAUCCUCCGCGCCAAGGUGCUCUCGGGACAGCUGCCGGGCGACGAGCUAAAGACACUCAAGCAGCGCAUCACUCGGAGCAUCGACCGGGUGAACGCGAAGCUCGGCCUGGACCUGGUGGUGAGGGAUGAAAGCGGGAACAUCCUGAACCCAGACAUAACCUCCGCCGUCAAGCUGUUCCGCCACCACUCGGAAGCCGCCGCCAAGCUGUCCAAGAGAGAGAGCGUCAUCGCCGAGGAAAGCCACACCCGCCGCAAACCACACCUGUCCUGGACCUUCCUUCUGUGCAUCAAGAACAUCAGUAUUAAGAUUCACGAGUACGCCGAGAUCUCGUUAGCUCUCUACACCGGUGACCCUCGGGAAGGCCAACAUCGCCCCCUCACUGAGUCCUUCAUCAUCCCGUCAACCGGCAACAACCAGGCCAUCCUCGGGGAACUUAAGUGCCUGUUUACGGACCUCAACACACACCUACUUGACAGCAACCAGAUCUGGCUCAUCGGCACAGUUAUCCGCCACGGCUGCAUGGCCAUGAAGGAGAGUGACCCACGCAAGUCUAUGGCUGGCGAGAAACCCAGCACGCCUUCUGCGGACUCCCUGAGAAGACCCUUUGGAGCCAUCGUCAUGGAUCUCACCGACCAAAUCAGGAAGAAGAAGGACUCUGUGUUGGCCGGGUUGCCUCAGAUGGAUGAUGACGAGUGCGCUCCCCUGUACAUGUGUUCGGAGAAGGACACGAUGGAUCUGCGGAAGCUGAUGUCGGCGCGCGGGGAUGCGACGAGGGAAUUGAGUCAGCAGGGGCUCUGGUUCUCUGUGCAGGCCAUGAACGGGGAUGUGAAGCAGCUAAAGGAAUCGAACUGUCUGGAGGUGCGAGAGGUUCCUGUUGCCUACCGUCUUGGACUGAGCGACGUAAUCAUGCCGGGGGAUGUGCGGAACGACCUCUACGUCACCCUGCAGUCCGGGGAGUUCUCGAGGGGCGCCAAGACCUCGGACCGUAAUGUUGAGGUCACCGUGAGGAUAUGCGACCAAAGUGGAAGAGUUGUGCCUGGCGUCAUCCACCCCGGGUGUCGCGUGGGGCCCCUGAAUGAGUACCGCUCCGUCACCUACCACCACGAACCCAAACCUAAGUGGGCCGAGACGUUCAAGAUCACGCUGCCCAUCGACGAAUUUGAGAAGGACCACAUCAAGUUUACGUUCAAGCACAGGUCAACCAACGACGCCAAGGACAAGAGUGAGAGGCCGUUUGCUAUGUCGUUCGUCAAGCUGGUGCAGGACAACGGGACGACCCUGCAGAACACCAAGCAUGACCUGAUUGUCUACAAGAUUGACAACAAGAAGUGGACGGACUCAGACUACAGCUACUUGGGUCUCCAUUGGCAGCGGAAACCAGGGGAGGAGCUGGCGAAGUCUUGGCAACAUGGUAUCGCUCCCUCACUCAAGGACUCCUUCACCAUCUCUACCAUUUUCUGCUCCACCAAGCUGACUCAGAAUGCCGAGUUGCUUCAGUUGCUGGAGUGGCGUCGGAUGGAGUCUAGCAGCGGCUCACGGCAGAACAACGCCAAGCUGGAGGCAUGUUUACAAGGUCUGGUGCGGGUCCCAAACGACGAGCUAAUGGUCUUCUUGCAGGACACUCUCGACGUCUUGCUGGAUAUCCUCAUGAGCAACUCCUCGGGCGAUUACAGUGACAACCGUGUCUUCGAGGCCUUGGUGUACGUCAUCACCAUCGCCACAGAUAAGAACAAGCACGAGGCCUUUCAACCUGUUCUCGAGACCUACAUCCAGGAGAACUUCCACGCUAACCUCGCCUACAACAAACUCAUCUACGUUCUCAAGUAUUACGUGCAGGAGGGCGCCAAGCUGACAGACGACGACAAAGACCCCAGAAGGACAGACCCGUAUGAUAGGAGGUCCAUGGGGAGGAGGUCAGGGGAGGAGAAGGAGCUAGGGAGGCGAGCGGAGUCCAUGGAGAUGAGGGAAGCGGCAGGAGGUGGCAGAGAGCAGGAGGUGAGGAACACUGAGUGGCAGGAGACGCUGAAGAAGGCCAUGAAGUGUCUGCCGUACCUCUUCCGCUUCAUCAUACGCUCCCGGGAACUGUUUGAGAACAUGAAGGAGCAGGGGAAGGAGGAAUUUGAGAAGAGCCUGGAGCAGCUUCUGGAGAGCAUGGCCGAGAUGAUGAAGAACACAAGCAACGCCACUCUGGUCAUACAGGCCCAGUGUCUGCGCUACAUCACCACAACCAUCCCCGUCAUCAUCACCAAGUUUGACCGCGUGAAGUUGAGCCAAAUCCUCACCAAGAUGGUUGACAACCUUAACAGCCAGCGCAUCCCCAAACAGCAGCUCUCCACCAUACGCGAGAUCGUCCACAGCGCACUCUUCCGUUUCCCCGAUUGCCGCCGCGUCCUCCUUCCGUGUUUCAUCAAGCAUCUCCGUCGCCUCAUGUCUUCCAAUGAUGAGCUCACAGGUACUGACGUUGUGAUGCGCAAGGAACAAACAAAAAAGAAACUGCAGAAACUCCUUGCCCUCGCUACUGAUGUUGAGUUAGUAGAGGAACGCAAGAGGAUGGACGAGCUGGAACUCUGCGCCAACAUACUCGGGGACAUUCUAGACGUCCUGCGCAUGAUGGACAUAGGGCCGGUGUACGAGGAUGUGGGUCUGCUGUCCAUCCGAGUGCUGGAGGAUAUCCUGGCCAUCGUGGCGAGGCAAGGAGACAUCUCGCUGGGCCAGUACGUGAGCAUCCUGGUGUCGUUGCUGCGGCAGAUGGAGGACCGUCACUACCACACCUUCCUCAACCGCUUCGAGGACCCGGAACACCUCUCCUUCUUCCUGCUGGAGCUGCUCAAGGUCAUCAACAGGCUGGCCGAGCACCCUGUCUUCCCCUCCGACUGGGCCGAGAUGAUCCUCCUGCAGAACAAUGUGUUCGUGAAUGUGCUUAAGCAGUGCGCCAAGGUCAUCGAGGAGAAGCUGCUGGAGCCCUUCAAGGAAAAAGUGUGGAGUGAAUUCUUCAAAACAGCCAUCAACUUCACCGCUCAGCCGUCACUCCAGCUGGCGAACUUCACAUCAAACAAGAGGAACAAGAUCUUGACGCGUUACGGCGACAUGAGGCGAGAGAUUGCCCUGGUGGUGAAGUCUCAGUGGUCCAAACUGGAGGAGUACAAGAUCCAGUUCGUGCCAGGUCCGAGCUGCCAGACGUCAAUGGUUGGUCCAUUCCUGCGUAUGACCAUGUUGUCGGACACCGAACUCCGCCGCGCCACCAUCCCCCUCUUCUUCAGCAUGAUGGUCUGCGAGUUCUAUUCCAUCGACGAGAAGGGGAAGGAGUCAGGGAAGGUCAAGCACCUGACUAACGAGAUGCUGGAGAAACUGGAUGAGCUGGUUGAGAUGGGCCAUGGGGACGAACACUACCGGGACCUCUUCAAGACGCUGAUCGGUAGCCUGUGCGAGAGCCACAAGUCGCUGCAGAAGAAGGGCAGCAAACUCGUCUCCACGGUGACCCAGCUCCUCGACCGCCUCCUCCAGUACAGGAUGGUCAUGAACACGCCAGACAACUCCAUCGAAACGCGCAUGGGCUGCAUCGUGAACCUGCUGGACUUCUACUCCAAGAUCAACCGCAAGGAACUCUAUCUCCGCUACGUCUACAAGCUCUGCAAGUUGCACCUCGACUGCGACAACUACACCGAGGCGAGCUACUCCCUAAUGCUGCACUCCAACCUGCUCUCGUGGACCCCGGCACCCCUCGGCCCGUCGCUGAAGUCACCCUUGCACGACACAGUGAUGACCCACAAUGAACUGAAGGAGAGGCUCUACGAGGACAUCAUUGUGUACUUUGAUAAGGGAAAGAUGUGGGAGGAGGCGCUGAAGCUAUGCAAGGAGAUGGUCAAAUACUACGAGGUUGAGUGCUAUGACUAUGAGAAGCUGUCCGAGCUGUUGAUACGCAUGGCCGCCUUCUACAAGAACAUCAUGAACCCUCAGAUGCUUCGCCCGGAGCCAAACUACUUCAGGGUUGCUUACUACGGCAGAGGCUUCCCGGCUUUCCUGCAGAACAAGGUGUUUGUGUACCGCGGGAACGGGUACGAGCGCCUGGAGGACUUCACCCGCCGCAUCCGUGACCAGUUCCCAAACGCUGAGCUGAUGACCAAACUCACGCCGCCCAGCGAAGAGGCCAAGGAGUCACCCCACCAGUACCUACAAAUCAACAACGUGGACUGCAUAACGAAGCCAAGCAACAAGAUCACUGAACCCAACGUCUCGGAGCAGAUCGUGAGUUACUACCAAGUCAACCACAUAGACACCUUCACCUACUCGCGGCCCUUCCACCAAGGCACCAAGGACCCCAACAACGAGUUCGCCACACUCUGCAUCGAGAAAACCACGCUCAAGACGACCUACUCCCUACCUGGCAUCCUGAGGUGGUUCCCGGUGCCCCCAGAAAAUGCAAGUUCGGUGACACUCACGCCUCUUGAGAACGCAAUUGACACCAUGACACAGACUAAUGUUGAGGUGCAUGAGCUCGUUCGAAAAUACCUGCGAGACCGGACGCUGACGCUGCCCCUGCACCCGCUCACCCGCAAGCUGUCGGGGGUGGUGGACGCAGCGGUGAUGGGCGGCACGGAGAACUACGAGAAGGCCUUCCUUCAUGACAAGUAUGCAGAGAGUCACCCAGAAGACGCUGAGAAGAUGGAGAAGCUGAGGGAACUGCUGGCUGAACAGAUCCCACUCCUUGAAGCUGGUUUGUUCCUCCACGGAAAUCGCGUCACAGAGCAGAUGAAGGCAUUACACACUCACCUGGCCAAGAGGUUCCUGGAGAUGAAGACGCAAUUGCAACAGAAGUACGGCGUAGUGGAUAUGCCGGCAGACAUCAAGCUGCUGGUUCAGACGUUCCAGGCCGCCAACGACACAGGAGGACACUUGGCCCGCAGCUCACAGCACUACCACACCUCCACCGCCUCCAUCGCCCUGCACGAUAGCAUUGAGGUGGAUGAGAUGAACCGUCACAACCACCACAACCACCACCAGUCCACCACCUCCACCACCUCCAGCGGCAGCCCAAGGAACAGCUUCACCCGCGGCCUGUUCUCUCACUCUACCCUUCCCCAUAAGUCCCUGUUUACGGGCUUCUCCAACUCCCAGAUGUCCCUGGCGCGGCGCAGCAUAGCCAAGGGUGGCACGCUGCCCCGAGGCAUCAAGAUAGCAUCAUCGAGCAAUGGAGGAACACCAAAGUCCAACAAGAAUAACAAGGGGAUCAGUCGUCUGCUGCGGCGUGAGAGCUUCUCGUCCCACCGCGAGGGGUCAACACAGUGGUUUGACAAGACUGACGGCAUGCAGACCCCCCCGCAGCAGCCCAUCCUGGAGCUGAGUGAACAGCUGAUGUCACAGCGACCCAAGAAGACGGAGCUGGACGUGGAUAAAUAUUACUCCACUCGGCCGCGCUCCCUCACCCUCACCCCCACCACCCCCACCACACCCGCCACGUCAUCCAUCGGCUCCAGGGAAAGUCUCAGCACGCCAACGGGCUCCCUGUGCGAGGAGGACCAGCCGCCGCCGCUGCCCAUGAAGCAGAGGGACCAGGACGGGGACUACAGGAUGAGUGUCGCGUCACUGUCGUCGGGGAAUAAGAGCCUCUCCGAGUUCCCCUUUGACCUGCCCGCUGAGCCCCCUGAGAAGCCCCCAAGACCGGACAAGAACCACAGCCUCCACGGUGCCUCCUCCUCCUCCUCCUCCUCGUCAUCCCUUUUGUGAGGCGCCAGCACCACGACACCCACAACUACUUCUAUUUUUACAUGAGUAUAACUAUUUUUACCAUAUUUAAGGUGUAAUUCAGGUCACAAAUCCUAAUUGGAAUACUUGUAUGCUUGUCAGUGAUGUGUUUUGUAUGAUUUUUUGUGUGUGUUUCUGUGAUUUUUUAGCACAACAAAAGACUCCAUAGUGUGGUGGUGCUGUGAGGGAGUGUGUAGCAGGACCGCACGGCCAGGCUCGCUUGUCUUGCUUGUCGGGUGUGUUCCCUAACUGGUGCACGGGUCAGCCCAAUCAGUACUCAUGGCAGGAAGAAAACCACUCGGGAGAAUUACUAAGAUACAAAAUUAGUGAAUGGAUGUACAAAAUUUGAUGGAAAAAGGAAAUAAUUGAACAGUGAUGUAAAAAACUGAAAGGAGAUAAGAAAUAACUGAAAUAAUAUAAGAAAUUGAAGUAAUGAAGUGAUAUAUAUAAAACAAAAUAGUUAAAAUUAAGUGUGAAUAUCAAACUUUAACUCAACAAAAGCUUCAUUCCAACAUCACAACUUUAAUCUUUCUCCCAAGUAACUCUUCCUCUUGUGACCACUGACGGGAAAUUGAGUGUGUACAGUGGCGAACACAUCCCACUGCAGAGACGACCCUUGGCUUAACAUGUACAGAUACUAGUGUGUAGCGGGCACGGCUGCGCUCGCCCAUCACGCAACAGAGGAAGGAGGCGACUGAUUGAUGGCCUGGUGUGCGUGGCCAUUAGUGUGCCCAAAGAGGGAAUCUCCUUCACAUAUUUUUGGUACUUUUAUGAAGGGGAGGGCGGGGCCUUGGGAGGAAUUUUAAGCAGAGGCGUUUUUGUGUGUGUGUGUGUGUGUGUGUGUGUGUGUGUGUGUGUGUGUGUGUGUGUGUGUGUGUGUGUGAUUAAGAGUUGUUUUUAGUGUUACGAACUGAUCCACGUGUCAGUAUAAUGCACCAAUCCUGAUCCUAUAGGGUUAAAACUUUUUGCAGUGAUUUAACAUGCACCGAAGAGAUAGUAAAAACUUCACGUAGGAAUGACUUGUAAUGACUUAGAACGCUUUUGGUGAUGCAGAUACUUGAUCCUGUAGGGUUAGGACAUUGAGAAGUGAUCAUCUUUUUAAGGAAGGAUAAUUAUAAUUUGUGAUGAUUUAGAAGAUUUUAGAUCAGGUUAUGUCUGGGGGUGUCAGAGCAUCAAGCCUUGGAAAUGAAGAGCCAGGGUGAAGCGGUUUGAGCCCUGGUACUGCCAUGUGAGGUCAAAAAUGGCAUAUGAUCUUAACCCCCAAGUCUAGACCCUCAGGCAGCAACUCCAAAUGAACAUGAGUGCUAGCUGUCAAGGGAAAGAUCAGGUUAUCAGUAGUAAUGAGAGGAGUCUUGGUAAUGCCAGGAAGCAGGUUAAUAAACACAGAAUUCUCAGAGGAAGCAAUAAUUUGUAAUAGGAAAAGACGGAUAGGUUGUAGCAAAUGGUAAUGGUGCAAGAUUGUACUUUUAUAUGAACGGGAAGGACUUUUGUAUUGGAUGAAACGCAGAAGUAAGCUGUUAGGAGAUGAGCAGAAAUGUACAAAAUGUGAUGCAGGCAGAGGCCACCCCUACUUAAUGUGUUAGGGUGUGCUUGCCAGUUGUAUUCACCCUUCCCUGUCGGUACUCCUGUCAGGGAAUGAUGACGACUCAGGGAAGUUAACCUGAGGAAUGUAAAUGACCGACUAUGAAAAAGAUUACCUCACAUUAUCAUAUUACUUUGAUUAGAUGAUUUACAUACCAUGGCUUGAACAAUUGUCACGUAUUUCUUUCCAUAUAGGAGUACUUGUAGGGAAGAAUGCGUACAAAUUGGCGAGCUUACUCCAGUCAACUACCUGUUCUUAGAUAAGUCAGGCUGCUAAGGCUGUCAAUUGUCACACUGAGGUAAAUGAUGUCUGUCGCUGUGGCCAAGUUUGUGUGAUAAAACUUAAGUACUUUUAAGUGAAACAAAAGCAAGCCUCAACUCAGUGACCAUGUGUAUAAUGAGGGUUAGGAGAUUGUGCUUAAUGAGUUAAUUAGGAGUUCACCAGCAAAGAAUUUUCAUUGAUCCAUUCACUAAUAAUUUUUGUCGUUCUGGCCAUAGGUUGUAAUGGCAAAUAUUUAAUGAGUGUAUAAUGAGAGUUAAGAGAUUAUAUUUAAUGAGAUACUAAUGAGUUUGUGUGGCGAGGAAAUCACUUUGUUCUGUUCAGCAAUAAUUCUUGUCAUUCUGGCCAUGUCUUAACUCAUAGGCCAUAAAUGUAUAACGAGUUAGAUUAUUUUUAUUGAAGUAAGAAUGCGUUGACUACCAUUGGGUCACAUGUGCGGCAAGGAAUCCACUUUGUUCUGUCGAGUAUUCAUUUAUGUCCUUGUGGCUGAAGUAUAUUGUGAUGAAACUCAGACGUGAUGAGGAAACUUGGCUGUGGUGUCGAGUUGAAAUGAUGACAAGUCAGGACACUGGGCCAUAUUAUGUCAAACCCAAGAAGUUUUGGGUCUCUACAAAGGUCAGUUUAGGGACUGUAUUACAAGUCCAAUCAGAGAAGUUUCAGGUCCCUACAGAGUUAUUCAUCCCGAACCUUGUAGGGACCCGAAACUUCUUGGAUUGGACUUGUAGUACGGCCCCUAAACCGACCUUUCUAGGGACCCAAAACUUCCCGGGUUUGACUUAUAAUACGGCCCACUAACUCAAUUACCUAGCAGAGAAAUAUCACCACCUUCGUAAACAAACCGCCUAAGUCAGUAUUUUCUACUUUACAGGAAAUCAUAAAAGAACUGUCAUCAUCUCAUUUGGCUUAAGAUUUAGGCAGAAACGAAAAGGCCAAUUCUAUAACACUCAAACCCUGAAUGACGGAGGCAACUUAACAAAAAUGGGUGUCACAUGUUGAAAAAUUGAUGUAGACGAAAACCUGGAAAUCGCUGAAAAAUGACUUGGGCAAUUAUUUUAUGAGGGUGACGAUAUGUUAAUGCAGUCUUGUCAGAGUGGCCUUGAAUGAGAGGAAAGUCACGCCAAGUAAAGUAACGGAUCAUGUCUCUUUACAGCAACUACAUCGCCAAAAAACAUCUCGAACACCCAUGAGUCGAUUGAACAGAGUAAGAGUGAUAUCUAUAAUUCUAUAUGCAUGGUGCUGUGCUGGCUAUGGAUGUCACUCAAAUGCUACGUUAUGUUUGUUAUGGGUGUAAGUUACCUUUUGCCAACUGUACAUGUGUGGAGAAAGUAUUGAGUUUUAUAAAGCCAAAUAAUGAUUGAUGAGAGCCUGAGAGAAAAGUUGAAGGCCACGCAACAAAAUGACAGUGUGGUGUGUGGAUAAGAUAAUGAGUCUUAUCAGGUUCAGUUGUGACUUGUCUUGUUACAGUGGUCAUGAAUGGGAUACAGCUGAAAGUCCUGCAAAGUCAAGUAAUGAUCAUGUCUUUUAAUGGUGAUAAAAGUAGGGUACUGUAAGGGAGUUUAGAAGUAAUGAUAAAUGAUUGUCUUGCCACAGUGAUGGUAGGGUAACUUAAGUGCUUCCUUUGGACAAUAUACAUGUAUGUUUAUUUUUGCCGUUCAUUUGUUUGUCCGUCGUGGGUGUGGAGGGAUGAACAAUGAAUCCUACAGGCCAGUCAGGUGACGAGUGAGUGUGUGAGUGAGUGUGAAAGUACAUACAAUGCUUCCCCUACUUGCCAGUGUGUGUGUGUGUGUGUGUGUGUGUGUUCAUUGCUUCCUAUACUUCCUAACUUUACUCAGUAUUAUAUGCUGAACACAGUUGUCUGUCUCUCAUGGUGCCAUAUAGUCUGUAAGCAACUCCCAACUUUACCUACCUUAAGGCUGUCGUAAUCUAAGUCUCUUUCUGUUUUAUGAUAUAUUAUAUUAUUAUUAUUGUGUGUUGAUUUUUGGCCAAAGAAGAAGGGACCAAUGGGAGGAAGGGGAAUGACAGGGGUGAGCGAGUCUUUGGUGUUUGUCUUUUGUUAGUCAUUUCGUUGCUGUUUGUCGCUUAUCAGUAAUUUAAGUGCUGUUAUUCUUAGUCAUGCUGCUGGUUAUCUUGUUUGCUGUCUGUCAGUCCUGUCAUCAGCCCUGACCUUUGUGGCUCACAGUCUGAAGGUGUUUCAUUGCUGACAGCCUGAGCGAGGUGAGGCAUGUUUGGUAUUUUCUUCCCAUGUUAAAAUAUGAAGUCAGCCUCUAAGCUACAAUGGGGCCAGGGUUGGGGAAACAAGACUAAGUGCUGUGGAGCUUGUAGGAUCAACACAGCUUCCCAAAAAAGGCCACAAGUGUAAUGAUCAAGAAGACAACCUUGAUUCAAACUCUGAGCUUCAAAAAGGUCAGGGCCACCAUUGCCAGAUUGUCCUACUCAGAGCCUUGUAUUUACCAGUUUCUGAGCCAUAACUAUUGCCAAGAAACACCAGUAUAAUUAACCAUUUUUGCGAUAACUAUAUACGAAGGCAGUUAUUGGGGUUGAGGAGGCAGUUUUGGGGUUGGAAAUUGGGAAACAGGAGGCGGAGUACAACAAUCUGGCAACGUUGGUCAGGGCUAGGAGAGGAAGGCAAUGCUUAUAUGUUGUAUGGCUUGAACGCCUGAACACAGCAUCUCACGGGAAGGCAAUGAGGGCAGUAGUGGUAAAAUUCUGUACUCUUGGAGAAGUAUAUAGGCACUGACACACCUGCACCUUACACUCACACAUAUCUACCUGGCAUGAAUCAGGUGGAAUAUGGCCAGAUCAGACCAUUGGGGUUUAAAGUCAGUAUUACUUAUUUUAAUCAUUGGUCUACUUCACUACACAUGUAUUAGCUCAGUAUUACAUGAAAGUAUUUAGUCAUUCUUACUUUACUGAUGUAUUCAUGCAGUAUUUAUUCCUUUUUACUAAUAUUCUUAAUCUUUUGUGUAAGGUGGUGAUGGGAAUGUGUCCUUGUCUUAAUACAUUCUACCAGAGUUUUCAAUGGUUGCAGUGGUGGGGCGCAUUGUAGGGACCACUGGGGUUAGUCUAGUAGCGAGAUGGUUAAAUGCAAGGGAACAAACCCAAGUGAAUGACAGGUUUUACAGGAUUGUCUUAACACAUUCUACCACAGUUUUCAAUGGUUGCAGUGGUGGGGCGCAUUGUAGGGACCACUGGGGAGAGAGAGAGAGAGAGAGAGCGAGAGUGGUAGUUUAGUAGCAAGAUGGUUCAUGCGAGGGAACAAACCCGAGUGAAUGAUAGGUUUUACAGGAUUGUCUUAACACAUUCUACCAAAGUUCUCAAUGGUUGCAGUGGUGACUUCAUAGGGACCACUGGGGAGAGAGUGUUAGUUAGUUUAGUAGCGAGAUGGUUCAUGUGAGGGAUCAAAUCUGAGUGAAUGACAUUUGUACAGGAUUGAUUUAGUGUUCAGCCUUCACUAUUCUUGUAACUCAUUACCCGAAGACAGUGAGUGAGUCCUGAAGACCCUCACUCAACCUUCUGGUGCUGAGUGUAACUAACAAACAUAUUCACUCUUCUUAUGACUCCAAGAUCCUCACUUAACCUUCUGGUGCUGAGUGUAACUAACAAACAUAUUCACUCCUCUAUGACUCCUAAGAUCCUCACCUAACCUUCUGGUGCUGAGUGUAACUAACAAACAUAUUCACUUCUUUAUGACUCCUAAGAUCCUCACUUAACCUUCUGGUGCUGAGUGUAACUAACAAACAUAUUCACUCUUCUUAUGACUCCAAGAUCCUCACUUAACCUUCUGGUGCUGAGUGUAACUAACAAACAUAUUCACUCUUCUUAU